AUGUUUUUGAUGUUAUUCAUUAUUGGAGCGGCGGUCGCUUUGCCGAAUCCUGAAGGCGUCGAACAAAACACUAUCGAACAAACGGAAUUCACGGGACGAGGAUUGAGAAAAGACUGCUCCGGCGGCAUAUUCAGCUCAUCGUGUUUGAAGAUAGAAGCCAUCACGCUACUUGAGAAAUUAAGUGCAAAGGACGAGCUGAAUCUAUUGCCAGGAAUAAGUGUCGUGAAAGAGUCUAAUGAUAAUGAGAGCAAGGCUGACGAAUUCGCUUCGGAGUUAGCGAGGAUGAUGCCAUCGAAACCUGACGAGAGAUUAGACAAGUAUUUGCUUUAUAGACUUGGAAGUUACUUGGACAGUCAUUCGGUGAAAUUGAGGCUGAUGGAUGACGGAGCGACUGAGCAAGCCAGGGCCUUGAUUGGGGAAGCCAGGGGUAAAGGCGGCGGUUUGGGUGGUGGCAAGAAAGGCGGUUUUGGUGGAUUGGUGGCUGCUGCUCUUAUGAUGAAAGGAACACUAGCAUCUAUAGCUUUGGGAGGUUUAGCACUUCUUGCUGGGAAAGCCCUAAUGACAGCUCUGAUGUCCCUCCUUCUAUCAGCCAUAGUCGGCCUUAAGUCAUUAUCAGGGGGUGGAAAGUCCACGACGUACGAAAUCGUAUCAAAACCUGUCUACAGUCAUUCCCAUUCUCAUUCGACGGCCCAUGAAGACGUUGGAGGUUAUGGACACUCAGGAUAUGGCAGGAAUUUGAAGAUCAGACGACGCUAA